AUGGCAAGUCUAGAAGAUUUAAUUCCGACUGUAAAUAAAUUACAAGACGUUAUCUAUUCCUCAGGAGUAGACUCCUUAGAUUUACCCAUUUUGGCUGUGGUUAGUUCACAGUCUUCUGGUAAAUCUUCUAUCUUAGAGACUUUGGUCGGUAAAGAUUUCUUACCAAGGGGUACAGGUAUCGUUACUAGAAGACCUUUGGUAUUACAAUUAAAUAAUAUUCCAUCUAAAAUUCCAUCUUUCUCUUCCUCAUCUUCUUCUCUUUAUAAUGAGUCAACCAUUAAAAAUAUUAACUCUAACAGUAGCGGUAGUCAUAGUAAUAAUAAUAAUAACAAUAAUAACGAUAAUAACGAUAAUAAUAACUUUUCAUCAUUCUCCUCCUCUUUUUCUACUGGUGAUGAUGAUGUUAAGAAUGGUAAAGUUGAAGGUACUAUCGAAGAAUGGGGAGAGUUUUUACACAAACCUGGUCAGAAAUUUUGUGAUUUCGAUGAAAUUAGGAAAGAGAUCGAAUUUGAAACAACAAGAAUAGCAGGCAAAAAUAAAGGAAUCAGUAAGAUCCCUAUAAAUUUAAAGAUUUUUUCCCCACAUGUUCUCAAUCUGACUUUGGUGGAUUUACCAGGUAUAACUAAAGUCCCCAUAGGUGACCAGCCACAUGAUAUCGAAAGACAAAUUAAUAAUCUUAUUCGAGACUAUGUCGCUGCCCCUAACUGUUUGAUUUUGGCAGUCACCCCAGCUAAUGUGGAUCUCGUCAACUCUGAAUCCUUGAAGUUGGCUAAAGAAGUCGAUCCAAGAGGCCAAAGAACUAUCGGUGUUAUUACUAAACUAGAUCUAAUGGAUUCGGGGACCCAUGCCUUAGAUAUUCUUUUGGGGAAAGUUUACCCUUUGAAAUUAGGGUUUGUUGGUGUGGUUAAUCGUUCACAACAGGAUAUCCAACUGAAUGUCACUGUUAAAGAGUCUCUAGAUAAUGAAGACCAUUAUUUUAAAAGACAUCCAAUAUAUAGAUCUAUUGCAGAUAAGUGUGGGACCCGUUAUUUGGCGAAAUUGUUGAAUAAAACUUUGAUGAACCACAUUAAAGAAAAAUUGCCAGAGAUCAAGACCAAACUGAACAAUUUAAUUACACAGACCGAGAAGGAUUUGAUAUCAUAUGGUGGUUCCCUAUCAACUGAUACUGAAUCUAUUAACUCAAGGGCUAACAAGGCGGGGAUCAUCUUACAAUUAAUAAACGUUUUUGCUAAAAAUUUCAUUUCCUCAAUUGAUGGUAAUGUUAUCGAUAUCAAUACAAAGGAGCUUUGUGGUGGUGCAAGGAUAUAUUAUAUCUAUAAUAAUAUAUUUGGUAAAUCUUUACAGACUUUGAAUCCAACUUCCAAUUUGACAACUUUGGAUAUAAAGACUGCCAUAAGAAACUCUACAGGCCCUCGUGCUACUUUGUUUGUGCCAGAAUUGGCGUUUGAUCUUCUAGUUAAACCACAGAUUAAAUUAUUAUUGGAUCCAUCACGUCGUUGUGUUGAAUUGGUAUUCGAAGAAUUGAUGAAAAUUUGUCAUAAUUCAAGCAAUUCAGAAUUGGCUAGAUACCCUAAUUUGCAAAACAGUUUAACUGAUGUAGUUAGUGAUUUAUUGAGAGAAAGAUUAGUCCCCACUUUUAAUUAUGUGGAUUCCUUGAUUGAGAUCCAUAGAGCAUAUAUAAAUACUAAUCAUCCAAGGUUUUUAAGUACUACAGAAGUAAUGACCGAUAUUUUAAAACAGAGAGAAUUGCAACAAAGAAAAAGUUUUCAAAAAAAUUCGAAUUUGAACCAAAUAAGUAAUAAUAAUAACAAUACCGACAAUCCCAUCAAUAAUACUACUACUACUAAUAAUAAUAAUAAUAAUAACUUAUUACAAAAUAGAAAUCAAACUUUAGAUGAUACUAAUUUAAUUAAUGGAGUAUCUUCAUCUUUAUUGAAUCAUUCACAAUCUGAUGUAAAGCCUGUUAAUAGUCAAAUUAAUAAAGGCAUUAUCAAUAAGGAUACUUUUGAUUAUACCAAUAUGAAAAAUAUUAUUAACACAGAAAAAAGUGAUUUGUCUUCAAAUUAUAGUUCUACUCUCACGAAUAAUAAUUCAGAUAAGGAAACAUUUUUAAAUUAUUUUUUUGGUAAAGAUAAAGAGAGUGUGUCUAACAAUAACAAAGGCAAUAGUUUUACAUCUAAUAUUAAAUCCAAGAAUGAUAUUGAAUUUUCAAAACAAACUAAGGUGGAAGAUGGUUCGAUCUUUAAUAAUUUAACUCUUGACGAUAUUAAUAUUAAUAAUGUUAAUAGUAGCGGAAAUGCACCUAAUGAAUAUAUUAUAAAUGAAAAUUCUUUUGAUGAUCCGUCUAGUCAACUAACUGAAAGAGAAGAAUUAGAAUGUGAAUUAAUUAGAAGAUUAAUUAUAUCAUAUUUUGAUAUUGUUAGAGAAAUGAUUCAAGAUCAAGUUCCAAAGGCUAUCAUGUGUUUACUUGUAAACUAUUGUAAAGAAUCUAUUCAUAAUAGGUUAGUUACUGAACUUUAUAAAGAUUCUAUUAUGGAUGAUUUGUUGAAAGAAGAUGAAACUUUAACUCAGGAGAGAGCCAAUUGUGAACAUCUUUUACAAACUUAUAAAAAAGCUGCUAGUCUUGUAAAUAAUAUAUUAUAA